GUCGUCGACGACGAAGCAUGACCGUCUGGGAGAGGCUGCGCAAUCCGUGCGGUUGGCGCGCGGGUGCCAAGCAGAUCUCCGUGGACGCGAUGCUGCCGUUGCUGGCGGUGCCGAUCCUGGCGGUGAUCGCCGCCCAGGCCUUCCUCUGCACAGUCCUCGUGUUCCUGGUCACGCCGGUCCUCGUCUACUACAUGCACCACAACUUCCUCAGGUUUCUACUGCGCACCAAGUUCUUCCUCAUGUGGACUAUCACGAGCGUGCUGAUGAUGAUGCUGGUGUUCGAGAUUAGCGUCGUGCCGCUGAUGGAGAUCCUGCCCGAGGAGAAUCUCGUGUUCAUGGUGUGCGUGGUCGGUGGCAUGUGGUGUGGCUACAAGACCAAGCUGAACGCGGAUGCCUCGAUACAGGAGAACGCUGGUGCCGUCGACAUCCAGAGCCUGGAACUGGGCAACGGCAGCGGCGAGCUCUGUGCCACGUGCAGGAGAAGGACGCCACCCAAGGCUCAUCACUGCCGCUUGUGCCAGACUUGUAUACUCAACAGGGAAUAUCAUUGCAAAUGGCUGGAUUGCUGUGUAGGUUCCAGUAAUUUAAGGUGGUACGUGAGCUGUUUAUUCUUCUCCGCAAUCGCUUUUAUAUAUGGCUCCAACUUGACUAUGACUAGCGUCUGUCAUCCGUUCAUACUCAUUGGAACUAUACUCCUACCCGAUGACUGCAGUGACGUGUAUCAUCAAUUAGACAUUGCACUUUGCUUCGUCUCCGCUUUGUACAGCCUCUUUGUGGGACUAGUGCUCUUUUGUUAUCUUAUGUAUCACCUACGGUUGCUCUACAUCGGCACGACAUCGAACGAGCGACGAUUGGACAUGAAAAAUCAGUCUGACUAUAGAAUAAUAAAUGUAUCUCAGCUGUUCUGCUGCAAAACUUAGGAUUGUUAUUUGUAGAGAUGUGCGAAUAGUUCGAAUUCGAAUCGAAUCAUAGUGGAUUCUCUCUCUUAAUACGAUUUAUUUCGAAUCUGAGAGACUUAAAACCGAAUAAGUUCGAAAUUUCGAAUCAUCGGUGGUUCGAUUCCGAAUUCGCCUAUUAUAUUUGCUUCAUUUUAAUGUAAAUCCAGAAAAAUUUGAUUCGUUUACCAAAAACUUAAACUUAUUACCAAAGAUUCGAUUCGAUUUGAUUCGACCUCACAAAUACUUGAUUCGCACACCUCUAUUUAUAAGCUAGUUAUUGAAUUUAUUUCACACGGUGUAUACAUUACACUCUGUACAAAGGAUAUAAUGAAAUCAAAUUCGACAAACUGGAGAACGGUAAGACCAAAAUAUUUGUUAUAGCGCUAAGCGUAAUAAGUUUACUUAAAACAAGUGGAUCAGAAUUCAACAGUAACAUCGGCUCGAUUGCACACUAUCUUCAUCCAUUUGAUGUAUCCUGAUGUCUAAGAUUCAUAAUUCAUGAAAAGUAUAAUAAGUAUGUUACUUCCAUAACAUUGUGAAAUCAUGUUCAACAUAUCAUGAGGCAUCGAGACUUAUUACAUUCGUCAUCUUUAAUGUAUCGCAAUGUGUGCAUACUAUUUGUAUAUUUAUUGUAACUGUGAUAAAAUGGCCAUUGUACGAGUAACAUAGUAAAUUGUAUUAAUUGAAUACACACAGAUACACAUACACACACACACACACACACGCGCGCGCGCGCGUACUCUAAAAUACUCUAAAAUACUCUAAAAUCAAUUCAAGUAAAAAGAACCUUAAAUACGUAUGUACAAUAAUGUGAUUUGCAUUUUAUUUUAUAUAAAAGAGUGUUAUUUUUGCGUGUACUUAGGACUAAGACUUACCUCAUUCAGAUACAAGGCCAACGAUUGUCGUACAGUAUUAAAUCUAAGUUAUUUCUAAA